UUAUUACUACGUGACACACACAAAGAGACAAGUGCAUAGUCAAAUGACGUGUAUCGAGGAAAAUGUUGCUCGAACUCUUAAAAAGUGUUAGCUCCACAACCAUGUUGAAUCAAGGAUCCAACACAUAAUGACAUUUGUGACGAGUCCAAGAAAUGUGGUAAAGUAUGUAUUAAACCAAUAAUUUUACACCACAAUUAAUAAAUGUUUGGCUCUAAUAGUAGGAAACUCAUCAACCAUCCUAGUUUAUAAUGUCUCCACAUUUCUCGCACAACCAUUUGAGACAAACUAACAUAAACAUUUCCCAAAUCCAAACAUUGAGAGAAAGAGAAGAGAGCGCGUUGUACAAAGAGAGUCGGAGGGAGGAAAAGAGACGUAAACAGAGAGAAAGAAAAAUACACACAUUUCUAUCAAACACUUUUCCGACAAUCUAUCAUAAGAUAUUUUAUCAAACACCUUUCCGAGGUAAUCUAUUAUACGCGUUUUUAUCAAAACACUUCUCCACCAAUCUAUCAUAUACACAUUGUAUCAAAGUAUAUAUAUCUUUCCUGCAACAUUUUCUCAAACACCUUUCCCGAGGUAAUCUUUUAUUCGCAUUUUAUCAAAACACAUUUUAUCAUACACAUUUUAUCAAAGUAUAUAUCUCUAUGCAAGACAUUUUAUCAAACACCUUUCCGGAGUAAUCUUUCAUACGCAUUUUAUCACACACUUUUUCGGUCAAUCUAUCAUAGGCAUUUUAUUCCGGCAAUCUAUCAUAAGACAUUUUAUCAAACACUUUUCCAGGCAAUCUAUCAUAGGCAUUUUAUUACGGCAAUCUAUCAUAAGACAUUUUAUCGAACAACUUUUCGGAGUAAUCUUUCAUACGCAUUUUAUCAAAUACUUUUCCGGUCAAUCUAUCAUACGCAUUUUAUUCUGACAAUCUAUCAUAUUAUCAAACACCUUUCCGGGGUAAUCUAUCAAAGCAUUUUAUCAAAUACUUUCCCGGUCAAUCUAUCAAACACAUUUUAUUCCGGCAAUCUAUCAUAUUAUCGAACACCUUUCAGGGGUAAUCUAUUAUACGCAUUUUAUCAAACACUUUCCGGGCAUUCUAUCAUGUACAUUUUAUCAAACAUCUUCUGUGCAAUCCGUCGCACGCAUUUUAUCAAACAACUUUAGCACAAUUUCUCUUCGACAUUUUAUCAAAUACCUUGCGUGCAAUCAUCAUUUCUAAGUUCAUACGUACGUACAUACAUACCUGGUAAAUAUGAAGUUUUUCGUUGAACUUGUAUCGUGUUGUGGCUGUUCAUCAAAACGAUCACAUCGAACUGAAGAAGCAGAAGAAGAGGAGAUCCUUGUACCUACAGCUUCUGUAGCAUCGUCUGAUAUUAACACCAUUAUUACGUAUAAACGAAGGCGACGGAGAAGACGAGGAUCGGCGAGAUCAGCUGGUUCAUUCCCUCAAUGGAAACCGUCUCUUUACUCUAUAUCGGAAGAUGCAGAUCAUGUUCUACCGCCGAGAAUGGUGGCAGCUGAUUCCGGCAGGAAUUUGAAGAAGAAGACCGCGACAACUGCUUCGCGGCCUGUCAAUCAACUCCCUCAUCACCGCAAUCGUAAAUCCAGGUUCUCAAGGAUAGCUUGCCUUGCUGCAAUGAUUCCAGCCCCUUUCUUGAUUUGAUAUUUUAACUAAUUAAUCCACCUCCUGCUCUCUUUGUUAUUGUGAAAUUUCAUUUAAUUAAAACACUUGUAUUAUAAUAAUGGUGUUAUGUUUUUUUUCCUUUAAUAGAAAUCACACUCUCUAUCUAUA